AUGUCGGAUUACUUCGCACCACUCAGAUUCAUCAAGAAUCAUCCAGAAUCAUCUAGCACCAUCAAACACAUUGUCACAAAAGAUAUCGAUGGAAUAAAAGGCGCUGCGACCCUCUCAGCAUUACAUGGCAUUAAACACAAGGUAUGCAUAGAACUAAAGAACUCAUCACAGACAAUCUUUACAUCAAGAUUCCCCGUGCAGCUAAAUGAUAGCUUUUACAAUAUCUCAGAACUUAUGCACAUCAGACUUGGAACAGUCCAUCUCACAUCUGUACACACGCUCACAUAUUUCAUUGUUGUUGGUGAACCAUGGCCAUACGUAACAGAUAAAAACCGCCAUAAGUCAAAAUACAGCACCGGUAACAAGCAGGACUCAAAGCGUUUCUUCAAUAGACUUUUGACAGCAGCAGAACGCAUCUUUACGAAACUUUCAAAGGAAUAUUCACUGGCUAAUGCUACGAUACGAUUUACUCCCAACAAUGAAAUCACAGCCAUAGCAGAUGAGGCAAUGCUAAAAACAUUGCUACGGAAUCUAGCAAAAGAAUUUGAAACUGAAACAUUCCUCUUCUUUGAAGCAUACAACAUGAAACAGGAAACAACUCACUAUUUUUUAGACCCAUUUGAAAGAAUCAUUGAGAAUCACUACGACCCAGCUGUCAUCACUCUGUAUGUGGAUGCCUCAGUCAACUAUGCUCAUCGGGGUAGGAAACUUCUCUUCCUAAAGGAGUUUACAACAAACGCACACAAAAUAGGUCUGGCUACGUACAAACCUUUCAUGCUUCCGGAAAUACACAACAUACAUGGAUAUACAUUAAGAAUUAAUCGAGACCGUACACGACUUCUAUCAAAAUGUAGCACUUUAUCAAAGGUGAAUUUCUACAAUUCACUGUCAAACACAAUUCUGAUACCUGCUUUCAGAAAGAAGGCCUACCCGGUUUGUUCAGUUUCCGUGCUAAUUCUCAAUUUUUUUGGAAUAAGCUUCGCAAAAAAAUACGAUUUUAACAGAAAAAUGAAAUAUAAGAAAGAGUUUGAAACUGCAAUCCACAUGCUUGAGAAAAAUAAGCAAUCUUCAUACACAUUCCGCUUUGAAGCGACGGUCACAUAUAAUAAUUUGGACAAAUAUCUGAAUUUUAUCUACGAAAAUGUAGAAAAUGACCAUUUUCAUGAAUUUGAACAGCAUGAUAUAUGCAGAAUAUUCAAAAAUGUGCUUGAAUACGUGUAUAACCAGAUAUUCAACGAGGUGAAUUCUGAUAUUCGAUCAUAUAUCAGGAGAAUAUUAUGUGAAAUAUUCCUAUUCGAAUUCUUCCUACGUGGAGGUAGAAACAAACGUGUUUUGCACAAAGAAUACGCAGAUAUAUUGUUACAAAUAUCAACAUUGAAAGAAUUCGAUCAUGUUCUGCAAUCAAAAGCUUUCGACAACAAGGACCACCAACUACACGUUCUCGAUGCUGUCAUUUUGGAGAAUGUGCAGUUGGCUCAUUAUGACUUACUUAUAGAUUUCUACAGAAUCACCAAGAAUCAGUACUACUCAAUCAUCAUCGAUGAGGAUGAGGGGUCACAAUUUGUCGAAUUGGUGGUUAACACCCUAUUAUAUGAACUACUACAGAAACAUAUUUCGCAACACAAUAUUUCGACAUAUAACAUCACAAUAGACACGUUCAAACGGUACAUUCGAACGAAUCGCACAGUUAGUCCAAACGAAAUAGCUACGCUCUACUUUUCAGACGCUUAUAAACAUACAUACGCAUACUGCGCCUGGCAUUUCUACAUAUACAUGUUCAAUGAAGAGCGCUGCUUAGCAUUAUUCGAACAAGCACUAGGCGAUGAACAUAUUGUGACAUUCUGGUACAAGACGCAGCUCAGAAUAUAUGAUCUAUUUAGUAUUACGUUUACAAAGUAUGCAGCAGAUUACGAAGAAAAUGUACUGCAACGGUAUAAGAAAUAUCAGACAAUGUUCACACAUCACUUUUACUACGAGCACGAUUGGCACAGAGAACUCCCGAAUAGGUUCCCUAUCACAUUGGUUGAAUUAGUGUUCUUCAACCUGGUGCUAGGCACUGAUCCUUUUGGUAAGUUUGUGCAACAGAAGUUAAUAGAGAAUCUUGGCCUACCUUACGCAUAUUAUUUGCCUCAUAAGACCAGAUUACACAGUAUGAAUGUGCGGAAAUUCAAAUUUAAUAAUGCAGUCGAUGGUCAAUAUGCUGAUGUGUAUACGUACUUAUACGAUAUUUGCAAGUUCAACUUCACCACAAUGUUCAAAUACCUGCUGCAUAUGCAGAUGAGAUUCAAAACUCCUUCUCAAUUGCUCGCUCUUUCCCAUAUUUAUCACAAACACAAAGGUGAUGAUAUCAAUUCAUAUUCCUUUCAAGAGAUCAAUGACCUGUUUGAUAUACAAUCAAAGGUAACAAAUGAGGACUUGAACAGUGUUGAGUGGGUAUUAUCUGAGAUACACGUUGAUUACGUUGAUAAUAGAUUAUACUUGAACAUGAUUCAGGAGAAUAGUGGCCAUACUGAAGACGCAUUUAUUAACACCGAUGAAUUGGAUGUGAAGCAACAGUCUAUUGAUGUUGACAAUGAUGAUGGAUGUCAUUCUGUUGAAUUUGCUGCUGAUGAUACACCCAUAUUGGAACAACCCCUCACAACCCCAAAAACAGAGACUAGCACAGGAGGAGUAAAACACGCAACCUUUGAUAUAUCAGACACGGAAUCAGAUUGCAUUGUAUUGUAUACAUCUUUGAAGGGUGUACAGGGACGUAGAAGGAAAUAG